AAAGGGAGGUCACAACCCGGUCACACAACUUGUCCACCUCGUCAAGGUUCCGUCCACCAAGAAAAGUGAGAAGUGGACGAUGGAUUUCCUCCUCAGCGGCGGUGCAGCCUGCGGUGCGUGUGUGUUCACCAAUCCGCUUGAGGUGGUGAAAACACGCAUGCAACUACAAGGUGAACUCAGAAGCCGGGGGUCGUACCAAGUGCAUUAUCGGAACGUAUUUCAUGCCUUUUACACGAUCGGCAAAGUGGAAGGACUCGCCGGGCUGCAGAGGGGACUCGCACCGGGACUCGUGUAUCAGUUCGUGAUGAAUGGUAUCAGACUGGGCUCCUACUCCCUCAUUGAGUCCAGCGGGUAUAUAUACACGGAUGGGAGGGUCAGCACAUUUAAGACCACGUUAGCAGGAGCAGCAGCCGGUGUGGCAGGAGGUGUCACGGGAAGCCCUUUAUACUUGGUGAAGACCCAUCUUCAGUCCCAGGCGACCUCCUCCAUCGCGGUUGGUCAUCAGUACCAGCACCGGGGCAUGGUACACGCCAUCGCAGCCAUCUGCAGGGAGCACGGCUUCAUGGGGCUGUGGAGGGGGUCCUUCGCCGCGGUUCCGAGGACCAGCGUGGGCUCCGCUGCCCAGCUCUCCUCCUUCUCUGCCAUCAAGGAGCUGGUGGUCGAUCUCAAGGUAUUCUCCAAAGACAGUUUGAUGGUGUCGCUGAGUGCCGGUAUGGUGGCCAGCGUGGUGGUGGUGUUAGCCAUGACGCCCUUCGACGUGGUGAGCACACGCCUUUACAACCAGCCGGUGGACCACUUAGGCAAGGGCCAGCUCUACCGAGGAUACGUGGACUGCUUCUCAAAGACAAUGAGGAAGGAGGGCUUGACCGGACUCUACAAAGGCCUGGGGGCGUCCUAUUUCAGGCUUGGACCACAUACUGUCCUCAGUCUGUUCUUCUGGGAGGAACUCCGCAAACUCUACCAGAAUCACUCAUCGCCAGGGAGGGGGCAAGCCAGGGAGAUUGAUACUAGUAGAUAGAUAAAGUGACUGGAAAGCCUGCGUUGUUCAUGGGAGGAUCAAUCAUGAUGAAUGUCUCAAGGAAAGAUGUUAUGGAAGCCUUGAGCCAAGCCCAAUGUUGUUUUAGGUUGGCAUGAAACGAAUGCUUGGACAAGAAAUGCCUUAUCUAACCCUACCCUAAAAACAAUGAUUGGCAUAAGGCUUUGCUGGGUGAGGUCAGUUACCAACAGUUCCUGGUUGCUGAAAACUGCCACCUUCCAACUUCCUCUCUCUUUUGUCUCUUUUUCCAUGCCCUUUUCUCAUCUCGAAGGAACUGAGAAUAUUCCGUACCUUAACGCGCAAGGAGGUUUUAUUUCCAAGUAUGUAGUCCACUAAUACUCUAGUAACAACUCAGUCAAUUUUUUGUUUCAUACUCGUAGAGACAAUAGGCAAUUAAGCUUUGCUGGAGAACAAGUGCCUGGUAAUAGCAGAAUUGUGAACAAUCUGCAGUUUUCUGAUCUCCUGUCCUCACUUUACCGCACUUUCGUAAUAUAACGUUUUUCGGUAUCCCCUUUCUGCUAUCAUAGCAGAACAGUACUAGGUUUAAAAACUAUGGGCUCACUUUCAAAAUGCCCCUUGAAGCUACUUUGGAUAAAGAGUGCUAAAUUAUUUAAAAAUAUAUUUUUAUCUUUCUUACUUCAUAUUUGUAUUUGAACUUUUUAAUGUCUUCAACUUCAAGAUUUUAUUUUGUUUUAUGGAGAUUCUGUUACAUUCAAGGUUAACGGCGGCUCCAGACGGCGCCGGCGAAUCCGGUGCCUGAAACCGCACAUUUCUGAAGCCACCCUCGGAGGUGGUUUCAAAUCUAUCCGGACCUAUGCGGUUUCGUGUUAGGAUUCGUGUGUAAGUCGGCGCUGAACAUUCAGCAAAAAAGAAAAAGUUACACACCUUAUGUAGCCGUUAGCACACCAGGAUCUCGUGAUUACGAGAAAGGUCUCGUAAUUACGAGAUAGGCCUAUUGAUGUCUAAAUUAAAGGAGCAUUUCACCGGCGGAGGCAUGGAAUAUGUAUCGAAAUUGGGUCCUAUAUGUAGUCGAAUAAUAAAUUAAAAUUCUAAUUUGGUGCCGUCUUGACCGAGAAAAGGCAGAAUGUGACUUUUUGGCGCUUGUGGAUUGAAGACAACUCCCACCAUGCACCACGAUGCACAGCUUCGCUGGCCACUCCCGCUGAUCGAGACCUCCGCCCAUCGGAUCCCCCCUCGCUGUUCCUUAGCUUUAGACGCUGUGGAUGUUCAGUUUCUACUGGAUGAAGUCCCACCCACUGGCACUGCUCUAAUAGGUCUGUAGAGUCAGUGGGUCCCACCGUAUUCAUACGAGAAUCCUCCCCUCUUACACUUCCUAUUUACUUCUACGCAAAAAUCAUCAUAUUGUGUCAUCUUAAACAGGAAGUGUUGGAGAUCGAUACGAAUCUCCAGUCUCUCCAGAAAAUAAGGGAAUGAUGCACGACCAUUCAAAAAUAUGAGUGGGUUUCUAACGAUACAGAGCUUAAUGGAAAUGGGUGAAGUUUCCCUUUAAUUAAGAGAUCCUGGUGUGCUAACAGCUACAUAAGGUGUGAAACAUUUUUUUAUUUAGUGAAAGCUCAGCGCCACCGUAGAUCUGAGCUCAAAAGAGAGAACUAGUUCUUUUAAUUUCUUCCUUGGUCAGAUAUGUUGAAACAUCUGUUACUCCCUUCUUGGGGUCAAAGGUCACCAUGGGAGAGGCAACAAUUGAUGCAGCUACUCAUCCACCAAACCGACUACCAUGCAGUCAGUAAAGAAUGUCAGGUUUAUUUUUGUGCAAGCACUUAAGAUCAAUUGGUGUAAUAUUUUAUUUUCUAUGACAAAUUAAGGUAUUGUUGAAUUAGAUUUUUCUAAUAAGCAAUACUUAAGAAAAAAAACUGUACAUUACAUGUAAAAUAAUAUCAAUAUUUAAAUAUUUUAUAAUUUUCCACAUGCCAAUGAAUACUCCAUCUGUAACACUCAUUUCUCAGAUUUUUUUUAAAUGUGAAGAUCAUUAUAACAUACUUUUGGUAUUUUGUACACAUGCCUUGUGUGGGGGAUUCAACAAUGUUUUGAUUAGUAGUGCCAUUUGGGCCCUCUGGAUGACCCUAUGUGGUAGCAGAAGUAUCAGAGUAAGACACCUAGCCCUCUACCUGUUUAUGAAUUGCAUGUAUCUGAAGGGAAUUCUACUUUACACAACUUUGUAUUUGUUAACUGUUUUAGCAGGCAUUGAGGUAUUUCAUGUAUGUGACACAUUUACAUUUAGAAUACACACAUAAUUAAUAAACAAACAAAUUACUAAAUAUCUUGGCUGGGUAACGGGGACAAUUCUUAAGAUGUUAAGCAUUUGUUUCAUGUGUAGCAUUUGUUUUUGUGUGUUCCUCUCAUAACACCAGUAGAUCCCCAGGAGGCUUUUGUAGACAGUUAAUGCUAUUUCUUUGGCCAAUUUCUGGGCAUGUCUCCAUCUCCAUGUCUAACUCUUCUGGAAAAUCAUGUCAGAAUGAUAAAUAGUAUUCAUAAAAUAGGCUUAAAUAUGUCAUUUAGAAUCAUUGUUUAAUGGCAAAGUGGCAUAGAGCUUUUGGUGGGCGGCUUUUUCCUGAGCAAAUCACAGAUAUGAUUAGUCUCAAAUCAAUAGGUUAGGAAGUCACAGAUAUGAUUAGUUUCAAAUCAAUAGGUUAGGAAAUCACAUGAUUCGUUUCAAAUCAAUUGGUUGCAGAAUGAUAACUUCUCUAUGUUUAUGUAUUUUAAUUGUUAUUGUUUUUUUUAUUAAUUUGCAGACCAUUCAACAACAGAGUCUGUGGUAUACACGCUAUAUGUCGCCCGCAUGCCCUUAGUAUGUAGGCCUUUACGCGAUCUGAAUGAGCUAUAAGUUGGGCCUAUCCCAUAAGCUAUCAAGCAAACCUUCAGAAUGAUUCAACUGCGGCUAUGUGUUCAGAAGAGAACACUAUUAUUUUUUUCCUCCUCAGUCAGAUAUGUCAGAGACAUCUGUGUUAUACCGUUUCUUGUCAAAGAUCACCAUGGGAGUGUUGAAAAGAGGAAACAAGUUAUUCAGCUAAUUUCCUACAGAACCAACUACUAUGCAGUCAGAACACAAGAUGAACAGAGUUUUUUUUGUGCGUAAGCAAUUAAGACCAAUGAUUUAAAUGUUUUUUUAUAUUUUUAUACUUAUAGCAAUGAAGGUAUUGUUUAAUUUGAUUUUUCCGAUAUACAAUACUGAAAACACAACCUGUACAUAACAUGUCAAAUAGUAUUUAAAUAAUACCAGACCAUACAUUGAAUUUCCCACAUGCCAAUGAAUACUCCAUAUGUAACAAUAGCUUCUCCUCUGUGAAGAUAAUUUUAACCUAAGCAAUACAUCUAUAAUAUAAUAUAUGUAAAACAUCCACAUUCAAAUAUAAUUGAUUCAAAGGUAGUGGUAUUACUGGUUGAAAGUGGAAAGAGAUAAAUUACUAUAUCAAAUAUCUAGUUCAAACAUGUUGGAGUGACAUAGCUGCAAGUACAUCCUCUGUGUAAUCAAAGGCCUGCUAAAACUUAAACCAAAUGGACAUAUUACAUCUCAUUCCUAAACUAACCUCAUUACUACUAACACGGUACACUUAUUCGUACAAACAGCACUGCUGACCGUCAGAAACCCCUAGAGCACAACAUCAGAGGCUAAACCCAACAUCUGAAUACUCCCAACAACACUGUCUUGGUCUUCCACCGAGGCUGGGUGUUCUCCUUUCAACACAAAUGCAACGAUAUAGGACCACAAACGAUGCACCUCGUUGCCAAUAGCUUACAACCUCAAUCGGGGUCUUUUGCGCACACAAAACCAGUAUGAAG